AUGUCGAUGGUUCCUGUGCUGCUUGAAGGACAGCGAUAUGUCCUGACCUACAGUGGCUGGAAUAACAACCCUAAUGCCAGCCAGUUCAAGUACAUCUUUAGGAAGCUGAUGGCCCGGUGUGGGGUUGUUAAACCAUGCAGAGGCAAUGCGACGGCACAGGAUGACCCAGAGUCCCUACCAGCUGUCAUUGACACGUCUACAAGCCUGUCAGCUGUAGAUAUGUCCUCUGCAGCAGGAGGAGAAGAUCUUCCAUCCCCAUUUGCUGACAUUCCUGCCCUAGUACAUGACCACAGCUACCUUCCCAUCCGCUUUGAUGUUCUUGUGGACAACACUCUCGUGUACAUUUCAGAAUUUGUUGUGCGACGGGCUCUGAAGAAGCUGUCGUGUGAUGUCUGCCGUGCCAGCCUAGUGACAGACGCUGCAUCUGCCUUCAAGGACCAGAGCUACCACCUGCUGACCUUAAAACACAGUGAAGGUCUGGUGAUUCCAUCAGAAGGCACAGUGAGGGUCGUCAGGCCAGCAGAGUGGGUCAUCCGUCAGGCAUCAGCAAGUUCCAGACGAUCACAGCCCAUCAAACUGCUAGAGGUCAUGUACGGAAGAGGAUAGGGUCAGAGGAUGUGUUUGUGCUCGGGGAGCACAUUGGCGAAACGCAGUAUGGCAUAGACAUCCACCACCAUACGCUGUUAACAGUAGUUGUGUCCCUGUUUUUUAAUCUAAGGCUGCACCACAUCGCUAAAAUGACUAACCUUACCUUAUAGAGCAACAACAUGCGACAGAAGCUCAAUAAAACUUUCCUUUUCAAAGGGCAUUAGCCCAAGCUCUGUUAUUUGGGGUCAUUUUUUUUCCUCUCUGUCCUCCACAGUAGUGUAGAUCUCUCUACAGGG